GGUACCGGGGGAGCCAGAAAAAUGGUGGUUAUGGCGCGAGUUCAGCGGUCUGAGCGACAGGACCUUGUCUUUGAGGAAGAGGACCUUCCCUAUGAGGAAGAAAUCAUGCGAAACCAGUUCUCUGUCAAAUGCUGGCUCCGCUACAUUGAGUUCAAGCAGGGGGCUCCAAAGCCCCGGCUCAAUCAGCUAUAUGAGCGGGCACUCAAACUGCUGCCUUGCAGCUACAAACUGUGGUAUCGUUACUUGAAGGCACGCCGAGCACAGGUAAAGCAUCGCUGUGUGACUGACCCCGCCUAUGAAGAUGUCAACAACUGCCAUGAGAGGGCUUUUGUAUUUAUGCACAAGAUGCCCCGUCUGUGGCUUGACUACUGCCAGUUCCUCAUGGACCAGGGACGUGUCACACAUACACGCCGCACCUUUGACCGUGCCCUCCGGGCUCUACCUAUCACACAGCACUCUCGUAUUUGGCCACUGUACCUGCGUUUUCUGCGCUCCCACCCAUUGCCUGAGACUGCUGUUCGAGGCUACCGGCGUUUCCUCAAGCUGAGUCCCGAGAGUGCUGAGGAGUACAUCGAGUACCUCAAGUCAAGUGACCGCCUGGAUGAGGCUGCACAGCGCCUGGCCACUGUGGUGAAUGAUGAGCGCUUUGUAUCUAAGGCUGGCAAGUCCAACUACCAGCUGUGGCAUGAGCUGUGCGACCUCAUCUCCCAGAACCCAGACAAGGUACAAUCCCUCAACGUGGAUGCCAUCAUCCGUGGAGGGCUUACCCGCUUCACUGACCAGCUGGGCAAGCUCUGGUGCUCACUGGCAGACUACUACAUCCGCAGUGGCCACUUUGAGAAGGCCCGGGAUGUGUAUGAGGAGGCCAUCCGCACUGUGAUGACCGUGCGGGACUUCACACAGGUAUUUGACAGCUAUGCUCAAUUUGAAGAGAGUAUGAUUGCGGCUAAGAUGGAGACCACAUCUGAGCUGGGACGGGAGGAGGAGGAUGACGUGGAUCUUGAGCUACGCCUGGCCCGCUUUGAGCAGCUUAUCAGCCGACGGCCACUGCUCCUCAACAGCGUUCUGCUGCGUCAGAACCCACACCACGUCCAUGAGUGGCACAAACGUGUGGCCCUGCAUCAGGGCCAUCCCCGGGAAAUCAUCAACACAUACACAGAGGCUGUACAGACAGUGGACCCCUUCAAGGCCACAGGGAAGCCACACACCCUGUGGGUCGCAUUUGCCAAGUUUUAUGAGGACAAUGGGCAGCUGGACGAUGCCCGUGUCAUCCUGGAGAAGGCCACCAAAGUGAACUUCAAGCAGGUUGAUGACCUGGCAAGUGUGUGGUGCCAAUGCGGGGAGCUGGAGCUCCGGCAUGAGAAUUAUGAUGAGGCUUUGCGGCUGCUGCGGAAGGCAACUGCACUGCCUGCCCGCCGAGCCGAGUAUUUUGAUGGCUCAGAGCCUGUGCAGAACCGUGUAUACAAGUCACUGAAGGUGUGGUCGAUGCUUGCAGACUUGGAGGAGAGCUUGGGUACCUUCCAGUCAACUAAGGCCGUGUAUGACCGCAUCCUGGAUCUGCGCAUAGCCACACCACAGAUUGUCAUCAAUUAUGCCAUGUUCUUGGAGGAGCACAAGUACUUUGAAGAGAGCUUCAAGGCAUAUGAGCGUGGCAUCUCACUGUUUAAGUGGCCCAAUGUGUCUGACAUCUGGAGCACCUACUUGACAAAGUUCAUCACCCGCUAUGGGGGCCGCAAACUGGAGCGGGCACGGGACCUUUUCGAGCAGGCUUUGGAUGGCUGCCCCCCCAAAUACGCUAAAACCCUGUAUCUGCUAUACGCACAGCUGGAGGAGGAGUGGGGCCUGGCCCGGCAUGCCAUGGCUGUGUAUGACCGUGCCACCAGGGCUGUGGAGCCUGCCCAGCAAUAUGACAUGUUCAACAUCUAUAUCAAGCGAGCCGCAGAGAUCUAUGGCGUCACCCACACCCGUGGCAUCUACCAGAAGGCUAUUGAGGUGCUAUCUGAUGAGCAUGCCCGUGAGAUGUGUCUACGGUUUGCUGACAUGGAAUGCAAGCUUGGAGAGAUUGACCGUGCUCGGGCCAUCUAUAGCUUCUGCUCCCAGAUCUGCGACCCCCGGACAACUGGGGCAUUCUGGCAAACGUGGAAAGACUUUGAGGUCCGGCAUGGCAAUGAAGACACCAUCAGAGAGAUGCUGCGAAUCCGCCGUAGUGUGCAAGCCACAUACAACACACAGGUCAACUUCAUGGCCUCACAGAUGCUUAAGGUGUCAGGCAGUGCCACGGGUACUGUGUCUGACUUGGCCCCUGGGCAGAGCGGGAUGGAUGAUAUGAAACUUUUGGAGCAGCGUGCAGAACAGCUAGCAGCUGAAGCAGAGCGAGACCAGCCCUCUCGGGCCCAGAGCAAGAUUUUCUUUGUAAGGAGUGAUGCAUCUCGGGAGGAGCUGGCAGAGCUGGCCCAGCAGGCCAACCCUGAGGAGAUCCAGCUGGGUGAGGAUGAAGAUGAGGAUGAGAUGGAUCUGGAGCCCAACGAAGUCCGACUGGAGCAGCAGAGUGUGCCAGCUGCUGUGUUUGGGAGUCUGAAGGAAGACUGACCCACCAUUCCUCUCCACAGCCACUCCCCCAUACCACCCUUAUAAUACAACCCUUCUUUGCA